AUGCAUAGAGUGGGCGCACGAGCUGCGCAAGAGCGCGCCAAGCAGGUCGGGCGGGGGGCGGCCUCUGCGUUGGGGGGAGGAGCACCUGCGCGGAGUGCGUGCGGGGCAGGGGGAUGCGCUGGAGGCGAGGGCGUGCGGGCGGGGGGCGGCUGGCAGCCAUGCAGCAGCGCGCGCGGUGACGCGGACCCGCCGCUUCUCCGCCUCGCACUGCGCCACUUCACCUCCGCACGCCCCGCCGCAGCCUACCCCAGCGCCUUCGGCGGAAGCAGCGCCAGCACGGGCGGCUGGGGGCGGGUGGCAGCGGCGCGGAGGGCGGGGGCGGGGGAGCGGGAGCAGGUGACGUGGCUGGCGGAGAUGGCGCGGCACAGCCCGGAGGAGGCGAUCCGCGCGUUUGAGGCGAGCGCGCAGCUGCAGGCCGCGCCGGGCGCGCUGGCGGAGUACGUGCGCGCGCUGGUGGCUGUUGACCGCCUGGACGGCAGCGCGCUGCUCGCCACACUGCAACGAGGUGCUGCGCGAUCCGCCUCCCCCUUCCCCCCCUCCUCCGCGCCCCUGUCGUCCAUGCGCGCGCCCCUCCCAGGGGCGGUGGGCGCGGUGGCGGUGGAGGGCGCGCUGGGGACGGCGAGCGCGCCGCUGCACAUGGUGGCGAGCGAGGGCGCGCGCGGGCACGCGUGGCGCGCGCUCAGGUCGCUGGGCACCGCCGCCCUCGUGCUCGGCGCGCUCUGGGCCAUCGCCCGCGAGCGUGAUGUGGGGCGCGGGUUGGGGUUGAACGAGGAGGUGCAGCCGGCAGCGGAGAGUGACACGCGGUUCAGCGAUGUGAAGGGCGUGGAUGAGGCCAAGGCGGAGCUGGAGGAGAUCGUGCACUACCUCAGAGAUCCCAAGCGCUUCACACGCCUGGGAGGCAAGCUACCCAAGGGAGUGCUGCUGGUGGGCCCACCGGGAACGGGCAAAACAAUGCUGGCACGAGCCAUAGCAGGCGAGGCGGGCGUGCCCUUCUUCUACGCGUCGGGAUCCGAGUUCGAGGAGAUGUUUGUCGGCGUCGGGGCGCGCCGCGUGCGCGAGCUCUUCGCCGCGGCCAAGAAAGCCGCCCCCUGCAUCGUGUUUCUCGACGAAAUCGACGCCAUCGGGGGCAGCCGCAACCCCAAGGACCAGCAGUACAUGAAGAUGACUCUCAAUCAGCUGCUCGUGGAGCUGGAUGGCUUUAAGCAGAACCAGGGGGUGAUUGUGGUGGCCGCUACCAACUUCCCGGAGAGUUUGGACAAGGCGCUCGUGCGCCCGGGGCGGUUUGACCGCCAUGUGGUCGUGCCGAAUCCUGAUGUGGAGGGGCGGCGGCAGAUCCUCGAGCAUCAUUUGCGCAAGAUCCCCCGAGCAGAGGACGUGGACGUGUCAGUAAUUGCGCGCGGCACACCAGGCUUCAGCGGAGCAGACCUUGCUAACCUGGUCAACGUGGCGGCUCUACGGGCGGCCAUGGAGGGGCAGCGGGCGGUGGGCCUAGCACACCUGGAGCACGCCAAGGACCGCAUCCUCAUGGGCGCCGAGCGCAAGUCCGCCGUCAUCUCCCCUCAGACUCGGCGCCUGACCGCGUACCACGAGGGCGGGCACGCGCUGGUGGCCGUGCACACAGCCGGCGCACACCCCGUGCACAAGGCGACCAUCGUACCAAGGGGCGUGGCGCUGGGGAUGGUGGCGCAGCUGCCGGAGACAGACGAGGUGAGCGUGUCGCGCACGCAGAUGCUGGCCCGGCUGGACGUGUGCAUGGGCGGGCGGGUGGCAGAAGAGCUAGUGUUCGGCCCGGGCGAGGUGACUUCCGGUGCGUCGAGUGAUAUCGUGCAGGCGACGCGGCUGGCGAGGGAGAUGGUGACCAAGUAUGGGAUGAGCGAGGCGGUGGGGUUGGUGGCGCAUGAUUACGAGGACGACGGGCGGUCGAUGAGCACGGAGACACGGCUGACCAUUGAGAGGGAGGUGCGAGCGCUGCUGCAGCGCGCGCAUGACAACGCGCGCGCCAUCCUGGUGAAGCACGAGGCGGAGUUGCAUGCACUGGCGGGUGCGUUGCUGGAGAGGGAGACACUCACGGCCGGCAGCCGCUCCCACCGUCACCGCAACCGGUCAUCCUCGUCGUUCCUCUCCUCCGCCUUCCCCAUCUCCUUCCCCCGCGCCCGGCGCCCCACCAGCGGCUAUGCCUCCGCGGACUCGUCGUGGCGCGGGGACGGCUGGCCGGGGCCGGACGGCACGGCGCGCAGCGACCACGUGGGGACGAUCACGGGGAAGCGGUACAGCGCGGUGAAGCUGGAGCAGCUGUACGAGCUGGGCGGGUUCAUUGGGCGCGGGCAGAGCGGCGUGAUCAGCGCGUGCUCGCACCGCCACACGGGGGAACGGCUGGCCGUUAAGAGCAUCCUGAAGAAAACCAUCCACUCGGAAGGCACCGCCAGGGACGUGCAGCGCGAGGUGCAGGUGCUGGGCAUGUUGCGCGGGCAUGCUCACGUGGUGCGAAUGGAGGGCGUGUUUGAGGACCAGACGGCCGUGCACAUCGUCAUGGAGCUGUGCCAGGGGGGCUCGCUCACCCACCACAUCGCACAGCAGGGCGAGUACAGCGAGCGGGCGGCGGCGGGGAUAAUGCGCGUGGUGCUGGAGGUGGUGCGGGCGUGCCAUGCACUGGGCAUAGUGCAUCGGGAUGUCAAGCUCGGCAACUUCCUGCUCUCCGACCAAUCAGACCACGCCACGCUCAAAGCCAUCGACUUCGGCUCCGCUGCCUUCUGCCAACCAGGCGAGGAGCUAGAGGCGAUGGCGGGGAGUCCCAUGUACAUGGCGCCGGAGGUGCUGGGGGAGCGAUACUCGCACGCGUGUGACGUGUGGAGCGCUGGCAUCAUGCUGCACACGCUGCUUGCUGGCACCCCGCCCUUUAAAGGAGACUCAGUGCUGGCGAUAUUUGAGGCCAUCCGCACGGCGCCAUUGGACCUAUCAGUGCAUCCGUGGCCGCUCAUCUCCCCGGGCGCCAAGGCGCUGCUCUCGCGCAUGCUCGAUCGCGACCCCUCCAGACGCCCCACUGCACAGCAGCUGCUGGGCGACCCAUGGAUAUGCGGGCAGGAGGCGGUGGAGCGGCCAUUGGAGAGCAUCAUGCUGCCACGCAUGAAGCGCCUCAGCGCCAUGUCCAAACUGCGCCACCUCGCCCUUCUGGUCCGUCACGUGCUGUGUUGCACUCGCACAUGUUUGCUGCCACGCAUGAAGCGACUCAGCGCCAUGUCCAAACUGCGCCACCUCGCCCUCCUCGUGACAACACGGCACAUGCCGGAGGAGCAGGAGAGGGAGUUAAGGGCGGUGUUCAGUGCGGUGACAACACGGCACAUGCCAGAGGAGCAGGAGAGGGAGUUGAGGGCGGUGUUCAGCGCGGUGGGGGCGGACCAGGGGGGCGCGCUCAGCCUGGCGGAUCUCACAGCCGCCCUGCGCAGCGUGGGGGCGGCACUCAGUGAAGAUGACAUCCGCCGCAUCUUUGACUUCGUGGACAUGGACGGCAGUGGCAGCAUAGAGUACGCAGAGUUCGUGGCGGCCACCACCGUGUUGCACCGCGACCGCCAUGCCGCCGCCAUCCAAGAGGCCUUCCAGGAGAUGGAUGCGGAUGGGUCGGGUGCGGUGAGCGUGGAGGAGUUUGCAGCGGUGUGCUGCCGGCUGGGCAUGGGCUCGCUGGAUGAGAUGCGCGACAUCAUUGCAACUGCUACCGCUGCUGAAUAUGGCAACGGGGCAGGAUCGAUCCAUGCAGAGGGCGCAGGGGGCGCAGAGGGCAGUGAGGAGGCGGGGUCAAAGCACAUAGAGUACAAGGACUUUCUCGCACUUGUCACGGGGUCGGACCAGGAGGACCACCGCGUUGAGUCCUGGCUCGCGGCUGCCCUGCUCUGA